AGUAUACCGCCAUCAUAAAUAUGUUCGACACGCGCAGGCUACCGAUCGUCGGCUCGUCGCUAGCUGCAACGUACGUCGAUCGACGCUUCCCAUGGCGACCGGUGCCAGGAGCGGAAACAACGCGCGGGAGGGGACGCCCGAGAAGCUCCAGAGCGUCGCCGAGGAGCGGUUCCUCGCGGGCGACUUCGCCGGCGCCCUCCGGGUGGCGCAGGAUGCCAAGGCACUCUGCCGCAUGCCAGUCCCUUCCAGCCUCGCCCACGCCCUCGCCGCCUACGAGGUCCACGCCGCCGCUUCCGGCUCCGGCAGCAGGAACUGGUACGCUGUCCUGGGCUUAGCCUGCCGCGGCGUGACACGCGAGGACAUCAAGCGCCGGUACCGGCGGCUGUGCCUCGUCCUGCACCCCGACAAGAACCGCUCCGCCGCCGCCGACGGCGCCUUCAAGCUGCUCCAGGACGCCUGGGCCGCGCUCUCGGCGCGCCACCCGCCUGCUCCUCCUUCCGCCGACCAGAAGCCCAGCAAUCACAGCCGACCACCACCGGCCGCGGCCGCGCCCACGGAGGCCGAGAAGCGCCGCGCCAGUCCACCGGCUGCCUCCGACACGUCUUGCAGCCGGAAGCCUCGGCGGGAAGCGCCGCCGCCGCGCACAUUCCGGAGCGCCUACUGCGCCCGAUGCUAUCACGAGUUUCGCGCUCCGGGAGACGAGGAUGAUGAGGUAGAGUACUGCGGGCGGUGCCAGGAGUGGCUGAGGAACCCUAGGCGGCGUGCUCCCGCCGACGCCGACGUGGAGACGCCGCGGCAGGGCGGAUCCCGCAGCUUCUUGUGCCCUGGGGCGUGCACAGUGCCAGGGUGCCGCGGGCAGUACGUGCCGUGCAUGCUUGCCGUGGGGAUGUGGAAACUCCGGUGCCGGGUAUGCGGCCACCAGCCGGGGGGUCCACCAAUGGGUCGGGACGAUCUAUUUGACAUGUGUAUACAAAGGGCGGCUCAAAUCAUUUUACAGGAGGGACUUGCUCAUUUUGAUGAAAGAUGCUUCAUUAAUUAA